AUUAACAUAUCCAGACUAAAAUCCUAUUGAGUAAAUCAAUCGAGUCAUACUUAUAACAUAAGUUAAAACCGAAUAUUUAUCGUAACAAAAACAGUCAAUAAAUUUGCCAAGUUCAUAUUCGCGCUGAAUAUACCCCUCGACACAACUUACCGGUUACAGGGUAUAACACACACACAGAUUAAUAAGCUGAGAUUUCAAUGUUCACUCGCGCUAUUUUAGCGACUUGACUAAUGUGUAGAAAAUAAAUUCUGAGCAGUCGCAGCCGAAACGCUUGCCUGUUUGUUGCCAUUGAGCGGAGCAACAAAGUGAGAGAUCAACAAAAAAUAAAAAGAGAAAAUAAUAAUAAUAAAAAAAACAAACAAAAUGCUGCGACUAGGUCUAUUUCACAUAAGCCUCUUUGCAGUUGUUUUGCUGCUGGGCUACCAGACCCUCGCCAUUGACUAUUCCAAUCCCAAGUCACAAGUGGAAUAUAUAAAUGUACACCCAGGCGAUAAGCCGAAUAUUGUGCCGAUCACACGACCUCCAUUGCUGAACCAAACGCCACCGCCGCCGCCGGGCGAUUCCAAGAAUUUUGCUUAUAAUCCAAAAACACAGACCUGGACAAAGAUUUCACCUCACGAUCCACAGCCGGAUGAAGGGACUUUGAUCUGGAAUCAGAGCAACGAUAAAUGGCUAACCAACGGGCCGGGCUCUUAAAGAUGUUAACUUGAAGCAAUUCUCUUGGCUGUUGUUUAUCAGAAUACAUAAAGCAUUAUAUUCACCAGCUCACAAGCUAAUUUCGUAGGCACUUUUAUAUACAUUAUUCGCACGAUAUUUGUUUGUAGAAUUUUAGAGCACACAUUUCUAAAUAUCAAUAAACUGAUAUACUAUAUACUCAAA